UCUGCUUCCUCAACAUGGCGGCGCCCUUAUCGGUGGAGGUGGAGUUCGGCGGUGGCGCAGAGCUCCUUUUUGAUGGCGUCAAGAAACAUCAAGUCACCCUGCCCGGGCAAGAGCAGCCUUGGGACAUCCGGAAUCUCCUUGUAUGGAUUAGGAAAAACCUGCUGAAAGAGCGGCCGGAGCUGUUCAUCCAGGGAGACAGCGUGCGGCCUGGGAUCCUGGUGCUGAUCAAUGACGCCGACUGGGAGCUGCUGGGCGAGCUGGACUACAAGCUGCAGGACCGGGACUGCGUCCUCUUCAUCUCCACACUCCACGGAGGCUAGGCCCCUUGGAGCCCCCAGUCCAGCAGCCCUACAGCCCCUGGGCCCUGCCUCCCCUCGCUGCUUUCUUGCCGCCCUGUCCCCCAAGCUCCCUCUGGGCAGGGAAAAGAGGCCAGGUGCUAAAAAUGAGCCUUCCCAGGGCACGUGAGCAAGGGGGGGGGGCAUAGGGGGUGCGGGAGCAGGUGGCCCCACUGCCCUGCACGUGUGCAAGCUCAGCUCCUGGAGGCCUUCCCUGCCCCCAACCAGGAGGCAAAUGUGUCUCAGAAGCUGCUGGGGGGCCUCCCUUCCCCCAGACUGAAGGUACCAGCACCUCAGUUUCCCCAUCUGGCCGGCAGAGGGCUCUGAGUGUCCCCCACUGGUAUCAUUAUGGAACCCCAGCUGGGGUCCCUUCUCCAGAGUUGACCCCCUCCCCCCGCCUGGGCAUCUGCUCUCACAACCACACCCCUCCUCCUGCUACCCAGCCCUUGACCCUGGCCAGCCUCCCCUGCCCCCCAGGCCACCAGAUGGGGUCCCACAAACCCUCCUCCCACCAAAGGCUGCCUGCAGCUCAUACCCCCAGGGCUGUGGAGAGGGAGCUUGAGAAGGGGGGGUGGCACGCCUCAGUUUCCUCCCCCAGUGCUUAGGUGCAUAGACCCUAAGAGACAUGACUGAUGGGGCAGGUGGAGAUGAAGUACCAUGGACAGCUGGGGGGCAAGUGGCACUGAA